AUGGCGAUGAUGGUGCCUGGCCGUGUGCUGCUGGUGUGUGCCCUCUGCGUGCUGUGGUGCGGUGCCGGCGGUAGAUGUGACGGGGAUGAGGUAUCUUCCUCUGCUUUGUCUGGGCCUCGAGGGGGUGUUGAUGGGCCGCAGGGUUCACUGAAGUCAGUUGCUGGAGUGUCUGAAGACGCGAGGCAAUUGUUGUAUGCACAAAACGGAAAGAAUGAAAACCAAGGAAGAGGUUCAGUUAUAGAACCUUCACUAGAUGAUGUCUAUGAGGAAGAGGAUGAGGGGGAAGAAACAGAGACACGCGAAACACCACCACCAGCAGGCGGAGGAAUAAAAGCAUCAUCUGUUUCUGCUGGUCCUGGUGUCAUUCCUACUUCGGGGUCUUCUUCUCUUUCUGGCGUUGAUUCUUCAUCCCGCAUUAGUGGUGAAACAGGGCCUACAGUCAGUACUUCAUCCAAUACAGUUGGGAAAGCUUCGAAAGAAGAUAUGGCACUACAAGAAAAGGAGAGUCAACACACCCAGCUAGGCGACGGAGAGGCAGCAGGAACACACAACAACGGAUCGCAACAAAACAGUUCUGCUCCACCACCAACGGGGGGCCAAAAUGACAACGACGCCGCCACGUUGAGUGCCGAUGGUUUACGCACUUUGGGAGUACAAAUAGCGGUAAAAGGGGAUUUAGAAGCUUCCCGAUCAGAAGAACCAUCAGAUGGUCCAAGUACAAACUUACCAGAAGGUGGAAGGGCUCCGCCGGAAUCAUCACAAGCAGCAGCAGCACCGGAACACACGCCUCAGCACAAAGUAAUAAUGUCAGUAAAAGAGGAGACGGAGAGAAUGAACAUGAAUGCAUCCGCAAAUUUACCUGGGGCGCCUAAAAGAAGUAACGAGGGUCCUGCAUCCACAGCCACCACAAUGCAGAGUACAUCAACUGGCGGUCAAGAAGGAGCAGCUACGCCGUCUUCAAAUGGAAUUCCUAAAAUUCAGGAGGAAAAACUCACUGGAAACAAUACCACUGAGAAUGCUCAGCCUUCGGAUACUGCAGAGACUGAAAUACGCCAAAGUGUAAAUACAUCUAAGGUUGGCGACAGGGACGGCAGCACCGCGGUCUCCCACACCACCUCCCCUCUUUUGCUUGUUGUUGUUGUUGUUGCGUGUGCGGCUGCUGCGGUGGUGGUGGCCGCGUGA